AUGAACGACCGUAUAUCAGACAAGAAGUUGAUUGAAGUCGCUCAACGGGCUAUUAAUAGGAUACAAUUUAGAGGAACAUACCUGAAUGCCGAGCCAAUAUACCGGUUAUUAAUAAGAAGGUUCCCACAAGAUGUCAACUAUCGCAACAACUUAACUGUUUCCUUUUUGAUGGCUAAUCGGGAGGAUUUGGCAGAUGAAGUUCUGAAAGAAACGCUUCGACUCUGGCCAGAUGACCGUAUCGCCCUCAGCCAUUACGGUUUCGUUUUAAAAAACCACCACAACAAAUUGGAGGAAGCGGUAGUCGCUUUACAGAAAGCUCUAGAAGGCGACACUGGACCGGCGAGUGAACCUAGAUUCUAUUACCAUUUAGGCGACGCUCUUUUAUUGCUCGGCCGGUUCGAAGAGGCCCAUGAGGUACACAAACGAGCCGCAGCCCUAGGACACUUUCUGUCUCCCUCUCAACGGUCCCUAUACAACGUCCCACGCCUACAAAGCCGUCCCUGGUGGCCGGUAGAAGACACUCCAUACGUAAAACUAGCACGUGCUCUGGAGAAGUCGUGGCGAGAAAUAUUGAAAGAAGGCGAAGCAGCCAAAGCGUUGUACGAGAAAGAGAAGGAAGGUUUGAAAGAGCGAGGCGAUUGGUCCCAGUUGGAUCUGUUCGUGCGCGGUCGGGAAAUCCCCGGCAGGUGUCGGACGGCGCCCGUGACGUGUGCGAUAGUGAAGGCGGAGGCGGCCGCGGCGGGCUGCAGGCGGGGGCAGGUGAAGUUCAGUGCGAUGGAGCCCGGCACGCACGUGAGGCCGCACGUCGGCCCGACCAACUGCCGGCUGAGGAUGCACCUCGGGCUUAGCAAUACCAAAGAUACGUUUAUACGAGUGGAUAAGGAAACUAGACAAUGGCAGCUAGGCAAGACGUUCAUAUUCGACGACAGUUUCGAGCACGAGGUGUGGCACAACGGCACCGGCACGCGUCUCGUGCUCAUCGUGGACGUGUGGCACCCGCAGCUCACGCCGCACGAGCGACGCACACUGCCCGCCAUC